CUUCUGGUUCCCGCCCGGGUUCUAGGGCCUAAUGGCCGAGGGCUCGUGGUCUGACGGCUUCCUAGGGGCGAAGACACGGCUGGCUGGGGGGCCGCUCCCGGGUCGGUGGAACAGUCGGGGACGGGCGAUGACUUUUCAGGUUUGGGGGUGGCGGAGGGAAGACGCGUCUCAGGUUUUGGCCUGGGUGCCCGACGCCGAGGGCGGGAGAGGUGCAGCGAUGUCGCGCAGGACCCCGGCUACAAAAGACCCCACAGCUGUAGAGAGAGCAAACUUGUUAAACAUGGCUAAAUUGAGUAUCAAAGGACUCAUUGAAUCUGCUCUAAGCUUUGGCCGCACUUUGGAUUCUGACUAUCCCCCCUUGCAGCAGUUCUUUGUUGUUAUGGAACAUUGUCUGAAACACGGUCUUAAAGUAAGAAAAUCAUUUUUGAGUUAUAACAAAACUAUCUGGGGCCCCUUGGAACUGGUGGAAAAGCUGUACCCGGAAGCAGAGGAAAUAGGAGCCAGUGUCCGGGAUUUACCUGGUCUUAAGACCCCGCUAGGUCGUGCAAGAGCAUGGCUUCGAUUAGCCCUCAUGCAAAAAAAAAUGGCUGAUUACCUGCGUUGCUUAAUUAUUCAGAGGGAUCUCUUAAGUGAAUUUUAUGAGUAUCAUGCGCUAAUGAUGGAAGAAGAAGGAGCAGUAAUUGUUGGGCUGCUGGUUGGCCUUAAUGUGAUAGAUGCUAACCUGUGUGUAAAGGGAGAAGAUUUAGACUCACAAGUUGGAGUGAUUGAUUUUUCCAUGUAUUUAAAGAACGAAGAAGAUAUCGGAAAUAAAGAAAGGAAUGUUCAAAUUGCUGCCAUAUUAGACCAGAAGAAUUAUGUUGAAGAAUUAAAUCGACAACUGAACAGCACAGUCAGCAGUCUCCAUUCAAGAGUUGACUCAUUAGAAAAGUCAAAUACUAAGCUGAUUGAAGAGUUAGCAAUAGCAAAAAAUAAUAUCAUUAAACUCCAAGAAGAAAAUCAUCAAUUACGAAGUGAAAAUAAAUUGAUUUUAAUGAAAACACAGCAGCACCUGGAGGUUACCAAAGUGGAUGUGGAAACUGAGCUUCAGACAUAUAAGCAUUCUCGGCAGGGGCUGGAUGAAAUGUACAACGAAGCCAGAAGGCAGCUUCGAGAUGAAUCUCAGUUAAGACAGGAUGUGGAAAACGAGCUAGCGGUACAAGUUAGUAUGAAACAUGAAAUUGAACUUGCUAUGAAGUUGUUGGAGAAAGAUAUCCAUGAGAAGCAGGAUACUCUGAUAGGCCUUCGGCAACAACUAGAGGAAGUUAAAGCAAUUAACAUAGAAAUGUAUCAAAAGUUGCAGGGUUCUGAAGAUGGCUUGAAAGAAAAAAAUGAAAUAAUUGCCCGACUAGAAGAAAAAACCAAUAAAAUCACUGCAGCCAUGAGGCAGCUGGAGCAAAGAUUGCAGCAAGCAGAGAAGGCGCAAAUGGAAGCUGAAGAUGAAGACAAGAAAUAUCUACAAGAGUGUCAGAGUAAAUCCGACAAUCUGCAGAAACAAGUCUCCCAAAAGGAGAAACAGCUGGUGCAGCUGGAAACUGAUUUGAAGAUUGAGAAGGAAUGGAGGCAGACUUUGCAGGAAGAUCUUCAAAAGGAGAAAGAUGCCUUAUCUCAUCUUCGAAAUGAGACCCAACAAAUCAUUGAUCUUAAAAAAGAGUUCCUUAACAUCCAGGAUGAAAAUCAGCAGUUGAAAAAAAUAUAUCAUGAACAGGAGCAAGCUCUUCAAGAACUUGGCAACAAACUUAGCGAAUCAAAACUUAAAAUAGAAGAUAUAAAAGAAGCCAACAAAGCAUUGCAGGGACUGGUUUGGUUGAAAGACAAGGAAGCAACACAUUGUAAACUUUGUGAAACUGAAUUCUCACUUUCUAAGAGAAAGCACCACUGUAGAAAUUGUGGGGAAAUUUUCUGUAAUGCUUGCUCUGACAACGAACUGCCUUUGCCUUCUUCACCAAAGCCAGUACGGGUUUGUGAUUCCUGUCAUGCGCUGCUGAUCCAGAGAUGCUCAUCUAAUUUGCCGUAAGACUCCAGACUAAGUCCUUUUGUAUGAAAGUACCUACAAUGAAUGGUUAAUGUAUGAACCAUGUACAUGAUGUAUUUAGCCAGCUCUUCUUAAGCAGCUUUCAGACUGUACUGGUACCAGUUUUAUCUUCCACGUAUUCAGCACAUGGGAAUUAGAAGCUGUAGAAUAGCUCAUUGUUAUUCAAAAAGAACAUUCAACAGGGCAUGCUUUAAAUUAACUUUUGUUAAUUCCUAAUUGAUGUAACAGUCAUAUAACUUAUAACACCACUAAAAAAAGGCCAGAUAGCAGAGCUAACACACAUUUGCCUUAUUUUGUAAAGGCCUUCUUAAAAAUAGGGGUUCAGAUUCUUUUACUCUGCAAAUUGUCAAGUUGGUAUUUGAUGGUGCCUGUAAUUUUCUUAAUGCACUUUAAAGUAUCACAGUUCUCAGAAAGAUCAGAAAUACAUUGAACUAUUUGCUAUUCAAAAAAAAAAGUAUUAAUAUU